UCAACCUCAACAAACUCCAUGCAUUCAUUCGGUUUUUAGUCUGUGUUUUAGUUUGUGUCGUGCUGUGCUGUGGUGCGAACAGUAAACUUUUUGUUUGUUCAUGUAACAAGGAAUACGAUAAGCGCAUACGCAUCGCACACAGCGUUAAAAUUAUAAAACAAUCCACAUUGCAAACGUGUUCAACGCAUUUAUAUUUACGUAUUUACUGACAUUUGAAUUUCGUAUCGAUUUUAUUCGAUUGUAUUUGGUGAUUUUCACACAUUCCACAUUAGAAAAUGGGUCUGAAACGCGCAGCGAGUAAUCCACAUCAUACGAUUCGUGAAAAAUGCAAAGAAUUAAUCUUGGAUCGCGAAGCAGUCCAAGAGGUAAUGCAGCGCCUCCUCGACCACAUCGAAAGAGGCCUCAAAAAGGACACGCAAGAAUCCUCCACUGUCAAAAGUUACGUUACUUUUGUGCAAGACUUCCCUAAUGGCUCCGAACAAGGAAAAUUCCUUGCUCUUGAUUUGGGCGGCACAAAUUUCCGUGUGUUGCUUAUCGAACUGGGCGUGAACCACUUCGAAAUGAAGAGUAAAAUCUUCGCAGUGCCACAACACAUUAUGCUGGGCUCCGGCGAACAACUGUUCGACCACAUCGCCGAUUGCAUGGCACAGUUUAUGAAAGAAGAAAAGCUCAUUAAGGAGCAUCUUCCCUUGGGCUUCACCUUCAGUUUUCCGUUGAAACAACUUGGUUUAACUAAAGGCAUUCUAAUCAACUGGACGAAAGGGUUUAAUUGUUCGGGUGUCAUCGGGAACGAUGUGGUGCAGUUGCUCAAGGAUGCUAUUGCAAGACGAGGGGACAUAGAAAUCGACGUAUGCGCUAUUUUGAAUGACACCACCGGAACGCUCAUGUCUUGCGCAUGGAAAAAGCAUAACUGCAAGAUUGGCCUCAUCAUUGGAACCGGAUGUAACGCUUGCUACGUCGAAGAACAAAAGAACGCCGAGUUCUUCAACGAGCCUAACCAUGGCUCCGACCACGUGGUGAUCAACACCGAAUGGGGCGCGUUCGGUAACGACGGUUGCCUGGACUUCAUCCGCACCGCAUACGAUCGCGACGUAGACGAGAACUCAAUCAACCCGGGCGGUCAGAUUCAAGAAAAGAUGGUUUCCGGAAUGUACAUGGGUGAAUUAGUUCGUCUGGCGCUUGAACAAUACACCAAAGAGGGUUUACUCUUCGGAGGAAAAGGCUCCGAGUUAUUGAGUACUCGUGGACGGUUCUACACGAAAUACGUGUCGGAAAUUGAAGCGGAACCUUUGGGCGUCCAUACCGGAUGUAUGGAGGUGUUGAAGGAGCUGGGAUUAAAACACGCGAGCGAACAGGAUUGCGUUAAUGUGCGCUAUGUCUGCGAAUGUGUGUCAACACGCGCGGCGACGCUGGUUUCGUGCGCUUUGGCGACGAUACUCAACAAAAUGAACAACAUGGACGUUACCAUUGGUGUUGAUGGAUCUGUGUAUCGUUUCCAUCCGCAUUUCCACAACCGGAUGAUGGAGCUUAUAAGGCAAUACACCAAACCGCAUAUUAAUUUUGAAUUGAUGUUGUCUGAAGACGGAAGUGGACGCGGCGCGGCGCUGGUAGCUGCAGUGGCAUCACGAGUAAAGAGUUAACCUAUAUUCCUAACCUAAAUUUAUUGCUAAUGGCGUAUCAUACCACUACUUAAUGCUUAAAGCACCACAAGCGAUUAUUUUUAAUUCCAACUGUAAAUAACGUGCAAUAUAAACAUCCGAGGCGCCAUAUUUAUAAAGAAACUAAACAUGUAUGAACAUUUUUUGUACUUUUCAUAGGUUUUCAAAAGCUUUUUGUCGAGAUUUAGAGACGAGAGGAAGACUUAUAGCGGGAAUUUCAACAUUUUUCAAAGCAAACACUACUUAAAAAUAAAAAUUGUUAUUUUUUAUAAUGUCAGGAACAGUUUGGUAGUGUAUUUAUUGUUAAAACAUGAAGAAAAUAUUAAAAUAAAUUCUAUUUUUAGUAAA